GUCGGGUUCGAAUCUUCCACGAUGUCAUGGUCGUCAAGGCGAUUAUGGCACCGCCAUCCUAGGAUUGUCGUGAUGAGUGGCAAGCCCGGCGUGAUCGACAAAGCAGCGGUGCUCGAGUCAUUCAAGACACGAGUAUUCGCAGUGUACCCCGAAGUAGACUUGAUUCAGGAUGGCUUGGUCGUUCCUGGAUUUCUCGAUGCAACACUCCUUCGGUACUUGGAAGCUCGAAACUAUAACGAGUCCGAGUCAAUGAAGAUGCUCGCCGACACGAUGACGUGGCGGAAAGAAUUCCAAGUCGCGACCAUCAUGGCGCGUCCCCUACCGCCGGAAAAAGUCGCCGCGUUGCGCAAGUAUCACCCUCAAGGGGAGCAUGGAGUUGACCGCGACGGCAACGUUGUGUACGUGGAGCGUAUUGGACACCUCGAUGCCGAGCAAUUGCUCAAGCAUGUCACGCUGGAAGAAGCUGUGCACUACCACAUUCAAAAGUACGAACUGCAGCAUCACGUGACGUUCAAGGGCGCGAGCGCCACACAAGGGCGAGUGGUGAACAAGAUGACGGUCAUUUACGACCUACAAAACAUUGGCCUACACACGUUCAAGAAGGUCGUGUUCGACUUUGUCAAGGAAACGAGUGCGAUCGGCCAAGAUCACUACCCCGACACGCUGAGCAAGGUGUUUAUCGUGAACGCGCCCUUCUUUUUCUUCACCACGUGGAAACUCAUCGAAGUGUUCUUGAACCCGAUCACGCGGAAGAAAAUCCAUUUCCUCGGCGGCGGGUACAAGAAGGAACUGUUGAAACACAUUGACGAGGCCCACCUGCCCAAGUGGCUGGGUGGGUCCUGCGAAUGCAUUCCGUCAAAACCACACGGAGGGUGCAUUACGUGCGUCGAAAACACACAAACCAAAGCGUGCGUCGCCAUGGACGAAUACCUCGAAGCGAAGCGGGUCGCGGCCGCGCUGCGCGCAUCCCCCGCUGCACAAAUCGACGCUCCACAGUAAUAAAGCUAACAAGAAACGAAAUGUUUCGUCAAGUCGA